AAAUUGUGAGUUUAUCAGUAGCAGCAUUCAAGUUACAGUUUCAUCCUGAAAUUCCCACAUCCAACAUGAAGUUCUUUUCCUGCUUCUGCUUCCACGGCGUGUCGGAUUCAACACAUCAGCACUUUAACUAUUAUAUAUAUAUAUUAGUCAUUUUUUUAGACGUAAUAAACAUCUAUAAAUCCUGGUUUAAUAAAUUAUAGCGCAUGAAAUAAACAGGUGAAUAAAAUAAAAGCAGCAGAGCAGAAGUGAAAACACGUUUAGAGAGAAGAUCGUGCGUUAGAAAUAAAAAGAUCUACAAUCUUGAAGAUGACGAUUUUUUAUUGCUAAAGAAACGCGCACUCGGGUAUGACGUCAUCACGAACGCCGCCUGGUGUGGUUUUAAUUCCCGGAGCGGAAACGGAGCGCGCGGCCCCUUUAAGGCAAACAGCGGUUCCGGAGAGGCUCCUGGAAGUUCAGGAGAAAAUCGCUGUGUUCAGUCCUACGUGGACUUCCAACACACACACACACACACACACACACACAGUUUAAUCUUCCCAGAACACACACACUUCAGUCCUCUAAAACUUUCGCACCUUUGGAUCUGUGCGGUUCUUCUGCUGCUGAAUUGCUCAGUACCUUCACGGAAUCUCUUCUCCUUCUUCUCCUUCUUCUCCUUCUCCUGUUCCUCCUGAUCCACGCCAACAUGCCGCGGCGGACUGUCCAGGAUGUCACAGUUCAGGAUGUCCAGAAGAGAAGGAAUCCCAGCAAACAUUAUGUUUACAUCAUUAAGGUGUGGUGGUCUGAUGGCAGCACUGAGCUCAUCUUCAGGCGUUACAGUAAAUUCUUCGACCUGCAGAUGGAGCUUCUGGACAAGUUCCCUGUGGAAGGAGGACAAAAGGAUCCAAAACGGAGAAUCAUCCCCUUCCUGCCAGGAAAGAUUUUGUUCAGGAGGAGUCACAUCAGAGACGUGGCCAUGAAACGCCUGAGACCCAUAAACGAGUACUGCAGGGCCCUGAUCCAGCUGCCGGUCUAUAUUUCUCAGUGUGAAGAGGUGCGUGUGUUCUUCGAGACUCGACCUGAAGACCUGAACCCCCCCACUGAUGAACCCAUGGGGAAGAAGAAAUCAGGCAUUGUGGAGAGAGCGACUUCUUUUCUGAAGCGAGGAGAUUCGAGCGCCACCGACCCGCUGCUCCUGGACCAGUAUGUCGCUGUCACAGACUACGAGAAGCAGGAGAGCUCUGAGAUCAGCCUCCAAGUCGGCCAGGUGGUGGAGGUCAUCGAGAAGAACGAGUCAGGUUGGUGGUUUGUGAGUUCGGAGGAUGCUCAGGGUUGGGUUCCUGCCACCUGCCUGGAGGCUCAGGAUGAUCCUGAUGAUUUCACUCACACAGAAGAAGUGUGCCGGAGGUUCUGGUCACUGCCGAGACUCGCGGGUCGGCGCCGCACGUUAGGCGAUCUGUUCGGUCUCAGUUUCAGGCAAGAAGAGAAGCACGUGGUGAUUUAUCCGUACUCUGCUCGCGAUCAGGAUGAAAUGGAUCUGGAGAAGGGGAUGACCGUGGAGGUGAUCGAGAAAAAUCUAGAAGGCUGGUGGAAAAUCAGGUAUCAGGGGAAGGAAGGAUGGGCUCCGGCAUCGUAUCUGAAAAAAUCCGACGUUUCGAGCCAAAAAAUGUCGUCGCACUCGAGCGCUAACGAUUUAGACGGCGCGUGUAAACAACAAGGAAGCAACAAGGAGAACCAGAGAGAAAGAUUCAGUCCGUUUAACGACAAGAAAAAAGCAGAUGUGCGUCAGCGACCUCCUCCACGCCGAGAUCUUUCAAUACCCCGUGGCACGAACCUGCCCAAGCCGCCAGUGCCCCCGCAGGUAGAGGAGGAGUACUACACCAUCGCAGACUUUCAGACCACCAUCCCAGACGGAAUCAGUUUCCAGGCUGGAGUUAAAGUCGAGGUCAUUGAGAAGAACUCGAGUGGAUGGUGGUACAUUCAGAUUGAAGAUAAAGAAGGUUGGGCUCCAGUCACCUUCCUGGAUAAAUAUAAGAAGACCAGCAACGCUUCCAGACCUAAUUUUCUAGCUCCUCUGCCUGGAGAAAUGGCUCAGCUAAAGCUGGAGGACAGUUCCCUUAACAACCACAGCGCAGAAGAUAACUGGUCCAAACCUCUUCCUGACGAGCCGUCCUCCACCGCCGACUUCGCCACUCGUCCCAAACUCAGAGACUGGAAGUCCAACGCCGUCAAGAACAACUCACCUUUCUCCAGCAUGUUGCCUCCAGCUCCAUCUUUACCUCCUGCUGAGGAGAAACCAGCCCUUCCACCCAGGAGAGAGUCCAUCAACAAAAGCCUGGAGUUAGAGGAGAAACUGAAAUCUGACGUCUCCAAACCGCUUCCUCCCAAACCUCCGGCUCCUGGCGUCAUCAUGCCCAUGGUUUCUCCCAAACCUGCUCCGCUCAAAUCGGAAAAGUCUCUGGAAACGAAGAAGGAUGAGAAGAACAAGCCGCUGCACUUGAAGAAUGAGAUGGGGUUGGAAUGCGGCCACAAGAUUUCUGCCAAAGAGGUGAAGAAAUUCAACCUGAAGCCGGUGCCCAAGCAGCCACCAAAACCCAAACCCGAGAACCAAGAAGAAAAAGCGGAAUCAGCUGCUCCUGCGCCUUUCCUCAAACCAAAACCCGUCGUUAAACCCAAACCUCCUCCAGCCGCAAAACCGGAACCGCCGAGCAAGAACGAGCUCGACAUCACAAACCUGAGGAGCAAGUUACGACCAUCUAAACUCCCCGAUGCAGACUCCAGCCAGCAGGAUGGCACUUCCUCCAACAACGGCGAACCGAAAUCUCCACCCAAACAACAAAACGGUCACGAAGCUGUAGAAAUCCCUAAACCGCAAAUACCCGGUCCUAGAGAACCGCCUCAGAGGCCCAGCUCUGGCCCGAGACGACCUCCUCCCCCGAAAAAGUCUCCAGAACCUGAAACCAAACCAAUUUCCACAGAGAUCAAAGCUCCUCUGAAGGACAUUCAGGAGAACAAGCCUGCUCACAUUUCUCAAACCCGACCACCGCCUCCUAAACCAAAAGCAGUCGCAGCUCCGGCUUUCAAAGACAAGGAGAAGGAGGAAUCCCCGAAAGUCAAGGUUCCGGUUCCUCCCAAACCGCUGGUUAAAGGCGAUAAACCGCAGCCUCCGAGAGAUAAACUCCCUCCGCUGAUCAAAGAUCCGUCGAAGGAAGAGCUUUUCUUAGCCGUGGCAGCCUUCGAAGGAGACGAGCAAACUCCAGGGUUCAAAGAAGGUGCUGUGUUCGAGGUUCUCGAGAGAAACAGCACGGGUUGGUGGUUUUGCAAAAAUAUAAGCGAUGGUUUAAUGUCCGAGGGCUGGAUCCCUUCCAAUUACUUAGCUAAGAAACACUAGGUACCUGUCCGAGCUCCACUCCGUUGUUUUCCCUCCAUAUUUAAUUAGUCCGUGUUAUUUAUGGUACCUUUACGAUCGAAGUCUGGUUACAUUCCAUUCUGUUGCGAGUUCAGACGUUUCAUCGUUUUACUGUCCCUUUUUUUUAGGGACCUUUGGGGUGGAAGUCUUUUAUUUUUGACAUCUUUGAGAGAAAAGAACACAAGCGAGUACCGCAUUUCUAAUCCCGUGUUAUUUUUCUUUUUUAUGCAUGCUAAUUAAACUCGUACUAUUUUUAUAUUUAUAUUGAUCUUUAGCGCUAUAACAGACUAGCAGUUUACGUAUAAAUGACUUCCUGCAGCCUUUCCACUAUCUAUUGUGCCUCAAUAUUAUUAUAUUAUUAACAAUAUUAAAAGUUCUCCGAGCGUCUAUACUUUUAAAACGUCUCGAAUGUAGAAGUCGGCGAUCGGAAUCGGACACGGAUUAUAAAGCGGGUGGUCUGUAAACAUUUGUUCUUUUUCCGGGGAGGAACAAGGCUUGUGCUUCCGUGUGUUUCUAUGACAACGCAGAAAACCUUUAUAAAAAGUGUUUUUAUAGUCCUCUUAUUUUUGCUAUAUUCGCUUGUUUUCUAGUUGCGUCCUGAGCGAUUUUGUUGCAAUACUUCAACUUGCACAUCUUUUUGUUUGUUUUUUAAAGGGGGACACAUCGAUAAUGAAGAAAACACACACACACACACACACACACACACACACAGUAAAGUUAGGAAACACAUUCCUGAGUUUGUCUCUCAAAAACCACAAAACUUAGGAAUGUAACAGUCUGACGAUUGUUUUUGACUAAACAAAUCUAAAUGUCUAUAAAUUCACUAUUGAAUUCA